CUAAAUCAAUCACAGUUUGUAAGGUGUUCUCUUUUUAUCCUUUCGUUCCUUUGGACCUCUGAAGCAGCGGCCAGUACCUUUGACCACCAGCUCUUUCUAUUCAACCUUCAAUCUCAGUCUCAAGUUCAGCUGAUUUUACAGGAAUAUUAACUGAAAUGGCUGGAGGAUUGAUCCACCAGGUCUUAAGGAGGAAACUUCAAUCUCAGUCUGCUGUUCCAGCUUUGUCAUGGUUUACGUCAAGGAAAGUUAAUGAGGAUGCGGGAUCUACUGGUAUGAGGACAGUUGCACUCCUUGGAGCUGGAAUUUCAGGUUUGCUAGGUUUUGCAACAAUAGCAUCUGCUGAUGAGGCUGAACAUGGGUUACAUGUUCCUAAUUAUCCUUGGCCUCACAAGGGUAUCCUUAGUUCCUAUGACCAUGCUUCGAUUCGUCGUGGUCACCAGGUUUACCAACAAGUGUGUGCAUCCUGCCACUCUAUGUCUCUAAUAUCAUACCGCGAUUUGGUGGGCGUUGCAUAUACAGAAGAGGAGACAAAGGCUAUGGCAGCUGAGAUUGAGGUGGUUGAUGGACCUAACGAUGAGGGUGAGAUGUUUACUCGUCCUGGUAAACUCAGUGACCGUUUUCCUCAGCCAUAUGCAAAUGAACAAGCAGCUAGGUUUGCUAAUGGAGGAGCUUAUCCUCCAGAUCUAAGUCUCAUUACCAAAGCUCGUCAUAGUGGCCAGAAUUAUGUGUUUGCCCUUCUAACUGGUUACCGUGACCCUCCUGCUGGCGUUUUGAUUCGAGAGGGGUUACAUUAUAAUCCUUACUUUCCUGGGGGAGCAAUUGCCAUGCCUAAAAUGCUUAUUGAUGGUGCUUUGGAGUAUGAAGAUGGCACCCCUGCAACAGAAGCUCAGAUGGGGAAAGAUGUGGUGACAUUUUUGUCAUGGGCAGCAGAACCAGAAAUGGAAGAAAGGAAAAUGAUGGGUUUUAAAUGGAUAUUUGUAUUGUCAUUGGCAUUACUUCAAGCUGGUUAUUACCGGCGCAUGAAGUGGUCUAUUUUCAAAUCUCGCAGGCUGGUAGUUGAUGUUAUCAACUAGUCUCCCCCAAGUUUCUCGCAUAGUAAUGUGCUUUUUGGGGAUUUAAUUUAGCAAUAAUUGCAUAUUGGGAUGAUCUGGGUUCUGCCAUGACCAGUUGUUGGUUCUUUUCUCAAAUGGUAAUGAGUGACCUGAUGAGUCUUUUUUUUCCUAGUUGAGAAGAAAUAAGCUACUCCAUACACGUAUAUUAUUUUUUGCUUUGAGACUUGAAUAUUUUUAGAUCUCUUUUUCAAUGCUUCUCUUAUGGUUGGAUACUUGAUCACUGUUCUCAGUGUGGACUAAAAUUUGUCAAUUAUAUAUCUGUGAAUGGAAUCCGUUGAACAAAAAUCGCCCA